GCGGAGAGAUAGCGAGUGUGAUUGAAAAGGGGGUGGUUGUGAAAAAUGACCGUGUAAGAGUCGGUGGAGAGUGCUGUUGGUGUGAAAACGUAUGCCAAUAGAGUGCCUGUGGUCAGAGGAACCCUUUGAUACUCGUAUUUGGCUGCGAGAGACCGCAGGACGCGCUGCAGCAGGAUGGAUGUGGUGGCCAAGAUGUUCAAUGCUCUCGAGUCCAGCGAUCUGAAGGAGGUGGAGGAAAACAAAAAGAAGCUCAUCGAGAGCUUCAGCCAGACAAAGGAUCCAUGGCUCGCGCACGGGAUGGUGGACUACUUCUGCCAGACCAGCUCCAUUCGCAUCGUGGAGAUCCUGGUGAAGGUGCAGUCACCGCACGACAAGUUCAUCUUCGAUCGCAUCGCCGAGCAUCUCAGGGCAUCGGACAAAGUGUCGGCACUCACACUCCUCAGUCUCAUCAUCCCUCGUCAUCCGACGUGGCUCUUCCGAGUGACUGCUCAUCCGCUCUGGAAGGAUUUGCUGAAAUUACUGAAAACGGAGAUGGACAUUGUUCCUGUGUUCAGCGCUCUGCUGUGUGUCAUCACUCUUCUGCCCAUGAUCCCAUACCAGAUGAAGGAGUCCCUGCCGGACCUCUUUGAUGUGUUCAGCCACCUGGCGUCGUGGAGUAGUCAGAACCAAAGCAGGCCACCCGAGGACCACCUGGUGCACCUGCAGUUCGGCUUCUAUGACUUCUUCCACCGCCUGUACGGCAUGUUUCCGUGCAACUUCAUCAGCUUCCUCCAGCACGAGUACAGCGGCAACAAGGAGAAGUCGGCCAUAUUCACGCACACGAUCAAACCUCUGCUGGAGACAGUCAAGAUGCACCCCAUGCUGGUGACGGAGAACCGAGAGACUGAGACCAACACCAAACGGUGGCGCACCAUGGAGCCCCACGAUGUGGUCGUGGAGUGUGCCAAUCUGACACUGGACUCGCUGGGGAAGGGACAGUCGGAGUGCAGUCACAAUCUGCCGCCGCGUCCCAUCGAAGCGGGCGACCUAAUACUGCCGGCGGAGCAUAAAAUCACUGGCAUUGUGCGAGGGAACCAGUACGAGAGUGUCUGGACGCCGAGUCAGGUGGUGCUGGCCACUCCGCCAUCCAGUGCGACUUCUGUGCCACACACCCCAACGCCUGGACACUUCUCCUCUGUGCCCAUGGCCACACCCACGCUGCCUUCGAGUCAGCAGAUUCUCUCUGUCGGCGGGGCGUCGCCGCCAGAGGCGGCCGUGGAGGCCACUCCGGAGACGACUCCGCUGAAGGACAACAUGAAGACCUUCUGUCCGCUACCCACCAACUCGUCGGUGGUCCGUGCCAUGUACGGAGCUACUGGAUCUCAGCCGUCAUCGCCGAUGAAGAAGGACGUGUCGCCGUUCCGCUUCCCUGAGCCGUCUCUGAAAGCGUCCAAGUUCGAGAGACUCGUGCAAGAUCAUGCAGAUGUGGCAAGAACGGCGUCCAUUGAGUCGCCACAUGCAAGCAUUCCCGGCAGUCCACUGCUGAAUCCCUCCGUGGAUAAUCUGAAAUCACCGCCCGUGAGCUAUGAAGGUGAUAUUCCAAGCAACGAUCAGACAAUCGAUGUGAAUCAGACACUGGACAACAAGGAGAACUACAGUCAGUCCAACGAUGCCACAUUUCCCCUCGACUGUGAGGAUUACGAUGCUGCCGAGGGAUCUCCGUGCAGUGCUGGUGGUCUUCACAUCCCCAAUUCUCGCUCUAUGCUGGACUUUGCGCGCAAGUUCAAUCGCUGGCGAAUGCAUAGUCAUUGUCUUGGUGACACCAGCCAGUGCUUCAGUGCAGGAACGAGUCCAGCAGACGUGGCAGUCGGUGGAAUUGGUGCAGGGGCUCGUGUGAUGAAGCGUUCUCGAUCGUGGCCAGAUGUCAGGCGUGCUGAAGCGGCGGCUGUGAAGCCACCUCAGCAGAAUGGAGAGGAUUUAUCCGUGGCUACUAAGGAGGCAGCGUCUCACUAUCGCCAGCAACCCAUUGCUCGAAAGCCACUGCGAGAAUUGGGAAGGAUGGAGAUUGUCGAGAGGAUGGACAGGGACACACAAACCAUCGAGCAAUGGCCACUCGCGUACGAGCAUCUGUUCAUCAAUCUGCUGAGUGAGACUAACAAAAUCAAGCAGACCCAGGAGAAUAAUGCCGCGGAUUCAAUAGUGCAGUCGCCUUAUGCCAUGCUGGACCGCUAUAUUGAGCUCUCCAUUAGCAGGAAGCACGCCAUGGAUGCCAAGGAUCAGGUGGCGGCGUACAGAGAGCAAAUUCAGUUGCUGACGCUUCAGCUUCAGUACGAACGUCACCGUCGCGAGGUGCACGCGGAGCGCAAUCGUCGUUUACUCGGACGGAACCGUAGCAACUUGGCUUUGGAGUUGCAGAACGAGACACUGAGGAGACAGAUUGCGCAGCUGGCAAACGACUACACACUCCUCCAAGCGACAUUCAAGAGCUCCCGCCAGGAUUUCAAUAAGCGGGAGCAGGACCUCAUGAAAGACUGCAACACCUGGAAGCUGAAGUACAACAAGGAGGUGGAGGAGAACAAGCAAUUGCGCCAGCGAAUUGAGUCGCUGGAGAAUCGCGUUGUGGAGGAGACACGUCAGCGCCAGGAGGCCGAUUCGAUGGUUGGAUCUGUGCGUGGGGAACUUAUGGACCUGAAGAAUGAGAUGCAGCAGGUGGAGUAUCAUGCGGAUCUGGGCAGUCAGUAUCGCGAUGAGUGUAUGCAGAUGCAAAAGGAGAUCCUCAUGAUGGGUGAAAUUCAAGCGAAAUGUCGCGACAAGCUGAGCGAAUUGUCAAGUCUGAGGAAUCGCGACAAGGAGAUAGAGGACAUGAAGAAUACAUUUGAGGUGCAGUGUGCUGAGCUGAAGACGGCGUAUGAGCAAAAGUCAUCACAAUUGGAGAGGACAAAGGCUAGAUUGGCAGAAUUGGAGGCCAAUUUGACUGGACGGGAUGAGAUUAUGACGGAGCAGAAGAAGCUCCUCAAGACUGUCAAGGAGGAAUUUGAAGAGAGAUUUGAGGCCCAAGAGCAGAAAUAUAACGCUCUGAAGGCUGUUAUUGCAAGGAUGGAGGAGCAAAUGCUGGAGUUAUACAAGAGUCCAGCUAACUCUGGCAUGAUUGCUCAAUCUCCUGAAUCUGACAAAACUGACAUGGUUGGAUCUCUGGAUCAUGCUUCGCCGCUCUCAAUUUCCUUGGCAUCUAGUGACGGCGUGUCCGCGAGCCUUCGAUCCAUGGCUGAAAUUCGGGAUCUGCAGAGCUUGGUCAAUCCCUCAUCAUCGGCGAUUAACAACCAGCCGGACGAGGGCAAUCCGACGACAAGUUCCAGCACUUCAUGGCAUCCAAGCAAAUGAUGAGGGAGGACAAUUCACACUCUGCUCUGUCCUUCUGAUCCCUCCGGAGGGAGAGUUCUGCGGGUGAGAGGCAUUGAAGGAGAGAAAAUUCAUGAGCAUAUAUAUAUAUUUGUAUAGGAAUUUUUGCGCUAAUGACGCCGAAGAGCAAAAAAAAUGUGCGCGCUUAAAUGCUAGAGAGAUGAAGAAACGCCUGUGUAAAUGUUCUUGAAAUGUGAUGACAUGGGAGCAAAAAGACACACGAAAUUGCUGCAUAUUUUGACGAAGAGAUGAAGAUUCCUCUGUGGAGCCACUCUUCGUGGUGAGGUAGAGAAAAGAAGGCAAAGAAAUCUUUCAUUCAUCUUCACAAAGGCGCAGCCGGAGGAGAGAAAAAAGUAUAGAGAGUGCAAAAGAGCAUUCGCAGUUAACCCUCAAAGUAUUGCGGUAGUUUUCGUCACUUUUCGCAUCUCUUCAUCAACUCUACCAUCCAAUUUGUUUAUUCACAAUAACUCUUUCUCUGUCCAUCAAUGCAAAGUGCUGAGCAAUUUUUAUUUUACUUCCUCCCCCAAUUUUUUUUUCUUUUGUAAUUGCCCCUAUUUUAGGGAGGAAGGAGUGAAAUGGAAAAAUUACGAUUGAGUUGAUGUGCCUUAUAUGAAGAACUAAAAUUAUUAUAUUUCUAUUUUACUAUAUUGAAAUUAACAAUGUGAAAAAUUUUUAACAAAGGUUUUUGAAUAAUUGCUCAGCAUUUUCUCCCUAUUUUGGUCCUUUGGAGAUUUAUUCAACAAAAUUAACAUGCAUAACCACACGCUGUGGAAAUUAUUUUAUAUAUGCGAGAAAAGCUCUAUUAAAUUGUUAUAUACACAUUAUUUCAUGAUAAAAUUGAGAAGAAAGGGAGAGAGAAAGAGUGGGAAAAAAAGCUGAGAGAAAAUACUGAAGGCGAUGAAGUAAAUGAAUAAUCCCAUGAAUUAAAGAGAAAAAAAUAUAACAAGA